AUGUCGACGACAGUUAUUCUUCCAAAGGAUGUCCCACGUGUGACUGAGACUCAGGGCGUCAAGCUUUUUGGAAAGUGGGAUGCCGACGUUGAGGUCAAGGACAUCUCGCUACAAGACUACAUCCAAGUUCGCCAUCCUGUCUUCCUCCCUCACACCGCUGGUCGUUAUGCGAAGAAGCAAUUCAAGAAGGCACAAAUGCCCAUUGUUGAACGCCUGGUCGACAGCUUGAUGAUGAAGGGUCGCAAUAACGGCAAGAAACUCAUGACUGUUCGCAUCGUUGCGCACGCUUUCGAAAUCAUCCACCUCCUCACCGAUCAAAAUCCCGUUCAGGUCCUUGUCGAUGCCGUCGUCAACACUGGUCCUCGUGAAGACUCGACGCGAAUUGGUUCGCAGGGUACCGUCCGACGACAGGCCGUCGAUGUAUCGCCACUCCGCAGGGUGAACCAGUCGAUCGCCCUGCUCACUAUUGGAACGCGCGAAUCUGCUUUCCGCAACGUCAAGUCCAUUGCCGAAUGUCUUGCCGACGAGUUGAUCAAUGCCGCAAAGGGUUCAUCCAACUCGUAUGCGAUCAAGAAAAAGGACGAACUCGAGCGUGUCGCCAAGUCCAACCGAUAA